AUGAAAGACGGCAAGCCCGUGCAGCUCGACUUGUUCAGCAGCUUGACCGAACCAAAGGGGCCGCCUCCGGCCCCGGUAUUAAACGGCAUGUACUACGAAAAGGCCACUGACAAGUUUGUAUCCUACAUGCUGGGGGAAACGUCAUUACGAAGAACCUGCCCGGGGGUGCAAACACCCAAAGAACUGGCAGGAACGAAUAAAAAGGGAGCGGAACAUAUGAAAUCCACCAAUUGUGAUUAUAUGAAAGUCGACAUCAUAGCAUCUGGUUCCGGUGGUAACUGUAUCGCACUGACAUAUGAAGGCCGCACGAUCCUGAUAGACGCAGGCGUUGCCAAAACGAAGAUUGCAAGGCGGCUGCUUGAGUGUGGUAUCCGACCUGACCAGGUAACAGACAUCUUUAUCACUCACGCCCACGGCGACCACAUUAAAGGGCUUCCGCUGGCGAACCAGUACCGCAUCGAUGUUUGGGCGACAGACGGAGAAUGGAAAGGCAUAUCCGGUGUAGAUGAUGGGUUACGUUGGGUUGUUGAAACCAAAUUCGGCAAGUACGAAUCAAUUGACCUGGGCGAUAUAUGGGUCUAUCCCUUCAAGACCCAUCAUGAUGCAUACGAACCAAUUGGAUAUGCAGUUGAAGCAGAUAACGGAUCAAGGGCCUGCGUAGUCUUCGAUACUGGUAAAUACGAUCAAGACAUGCUCGACAUGAUGGAGGGCAGCAUUUACAUCAUCAUUGAAGCUAAUCACGACCCGGACAUGGUGGAGGCUUCAAACUAUCCCAUCAGCGUCCAGUCUCGCAUCCUCAGCGACUUGGGACACCUAAGCAACCAACAGACUGCGGAAGCACUCCAAAAGCUUAUCAGGGGCAAUGGUGAACACAUAUACCUGACGCACUUAUCCAGUAACAAUAACAGCCCCAUUCUGGCGGAAAUGACCGUGAAAGCGGCGCUCCGGCAGAAGGGUUUUAUCGCAGGGACACAUUAUGAAAUUGAGGUGUACAAAGCCAAAGAUAAAACGAUGUUUUACACAGAUGAAAAAUUUAUUGCUCGCCGGGUAGGUGCGCACUUUAUGGAUUACACGACGCCAUUCCAAAUUAUUGACGGUAACCGUUCGGGGCACGAAAUCCCUUAUAAAAAUGCAAUCGUUCUGAAAGAAGAAAAGUCCUACACCCAAGAGCAAUAUGACGAAAUCUUGAGUCAACGAAACGAGGCGCUGGAGAUGAAAGACGAAGUUAUCGCAGUCCUUGCAAAGCACGGACAGACGAUCACGGAAUUGCAGGAUGACAAGAUUGCGCUUCUCAACACCAUCGAACGUGCUGUCACUCACAACGAGAUUCAGGCAUUACCCCGUGAGGUAGUGCAGGCGUUGGAAUCAUUCAAGCGUAACGGUGACGACUUGGAUACUGUCAUGCGUUGGUUGAUUAGUCCUUAUCAAUGUGAUGACGUAUGGCUUGAUCAAAUCGACACUCUGCGUAGGUACUCUAUAGAAAACGGAUGGAAACUUAUUAAUGGUAUGGUCAACGGAUAUUUGGUAGAGCCACAACUGGAAGACGCAGCAGGUAUUGCAGAAACAGUCCUACAGUGGUGGGAAGAACGUGACAUUGAUGCCAAUGAAAAAGAACUACAGAACCUUGUGGAUCGUCUCCAGAAUCGCAUUGCAGAACGGCAAACAAGUCGUGAAGGCAAGCAAGAGUACGCAGAUGAAGUGUGGUUCAAGCCGGAGGAACACGAAAAGAUUCUUCAGGAAUUCGGGCAAGAAGGACUUACCUGGAUGAUGGAUGUCCUCAGCUCUUAUAAACUUUCUAAUGAUAAAUUUUACGCAAGUGAUUAUGCAGUCUUCAAGAAAGGCGGCUGGCUGCGCAUGAAAUAUGAGAAGCAUUUGACCGACCAACAUAAAUCAAGCGGAUAUAAGAACCAACAGGCACUGCAUGCACUCGAUAAGCACAUUGACUCCAGCCGGUUCGAGCCGACCAUCUCAGAUAUCAUCAACAACAAACCGCAAUUAUCCAAUUACGACAUUCAACGGAUUGAGGCUGAACAGGAACAAUUACUGCUUGAGGAAUAUCACGCAAACAACAAUUGUGUACCGAUGCCGGAUAGCGUUAUUGAGAUGCUAGAGGCGAUUUCAGCUAAGUCGAGAGCAGGUGUCCCAAAGGAUGAA